AUGGGCACCACGUCCACCAUCUUUUUGCGCAUCAGCGGCAAGCGUCUUGCGGUCGAUACCACGCUUGAGCCCAACACACUUGCGAAGCUUCGCGACUACUUGACGGAGCAAGGACACAUGAAGGCCCACGAUCGCUUCAUCCUCUUUCUCUACAAGCGUCAGUUGCCAGCGAAGGAGAUGUACGUGCCGUACGAAGUUGAGCCAGACUGCGAAGGUUCAAUCCCGAUGAGCGCAUUGUACGAGUUUAAAUACCCAAAUGCCGGCGUCAUCCUCCCGCACACCAAGAAGAUGCACGAUACCACGCCCGCCCCGCCGCCCCCACGCUGCCAAAGAGCAUACUAUUAG